UUCAUUAAUUCUUAAAUAUUUCUCUCAGGUUUUUUAUUUCAUGAAUUUAACAUUAAAGUAAAAUUCACUUUCAAAAACUGUCGCAACAUCCAUUAUGAAACAAGUUUCUAAAAUAUUUAAAUAUUUCGCGAAUUUAGGAUUCGUUUUCACGCAAACUUCAAAGAAAUGAAGGAGAAACAACUUUCUUAGUAACUAUAUUUAUCAGUGGAAAAUGCACAUGUGCAUCGCGGUAUUAGUACAUCUGAUGACAGCUAGCUUAUAUAAGUUAACAGUAGCAUGUAUUCAUAAAUCGUUAUUUAAACACACAAUUUUUAUUGCCUCUAUACGUCAUGAAAAUUCGCACCUAGACCGAAUUCCGGUAACGGCCGCCUGGAAACAUAUGACUGUGUAUGAAACGCUGUUGCUGUUGUUCAAGUGUGCGCUUCCAUUGACAGUUAUUUGUUUUCCGUAAGGAUAACGUUUACAAAACCCUGAAUGAAUAAAUUUAUUUGACUCAAAAAUAACUGAAACCAACAAGUAUCAGUGCCAUCGCACUGUAUACACGUACACGGUGAUAUCAAAAGGAGAAUUUCAUCAAACUUUAACUACAAUUACCGAAAAAAAGUGGUUAGAACGCAACAAUGAGUGACGAUCAGGCAAACGAACUGAGUGAAACAGUUGAGUUGUCCUCAAACGAUAUUGAGAAACUAGAAGAAGCAAAGUUGCGAGCAAAGUUUCCCAAUACUGGACGUCCAAUAAGUGGACAUUCUGCAUUUUUGCAGAAAAGGCUAGCUAAAGGGCAAAAAUAUUUCGAUUCUGGGGAUUAUCAAAUGGCAAAACAAAAAUAUACAGCGAAACCAAAGCCAGCUGGUGUUUUGCCAACAGGUGAUGCUAUACCUACACCAGAAACUGUACCUCAACGAAAAACAUCCAUUAUUCAACAAAAAUUCAAUACAACAAGUACUUCUUAAAGUUUUAUAACGUUUUCAAAGUAUUACAACUCCAGUGAUAUAAUGUGGUUAUAAUUCAAUCUGAAUUUUAAACAGCCUAUAUUGUAUGAAUGGUAUUAUUUGAAAAACUGAAUUCUUAUAAUGCUUCUUCAGUGCUUGUUCAAUGACUGAUGCAUUGUUGCGAAAAUCUUGAGACCAAGAUAAUACAUAUAAUUUGUAGUAUACUGUGUGCCAUAAAAGCAUUUCUUGAGAAUUACACUCAAAAAAACUUUUGGCACCUAAAAAUGUUACAGUAAUUUAUGACAAUAUAUUAUAAUUCUAAUUUUCGUUUAUCAAAAUUGAGAGUAUUAAACAGCAUACAUAUAGAUAUAUUGUUUUGUUAUCUGAGUUACUUUUUAGAAACAGCAAUAAAUUUGCACCUUAGAUUCAUAAACAUGAAAGUAGAAUUUCAAAAUUUAUUAUAAAAAUAAGUAAUAAAAUUGUAUAAUUAGUGAUACAAGGUAAAACUACAAUUAAUAACAAAAGAGGAUAACGUGAAUGUAACCACUUGUAUAUGCAAUAGAGUUUCAGGAUAAGACAUUAUACAGAUCUGCAUUUCCAAAGUUGCUGUGAUGCGCUUAGUAAGACUAUUUUCUUAUAAGAUGUCAAAUUGUCAUAAGAAUCUGUAUGUAGCAUAAAACAAUUUUAAAUAUAGCAGUUGUUUUGGUUAUUGUAAACUAUAUUAGUAAUAUAAUGCAAUUUGAACAUA